CGAUUCUUCUGUUCAAAUGUUAUACACGCCAUUAGUUUCCAGAGAAAGUUUUAGGACGUUCAUUUCGCGGAACAGUUCGAUGAAUAAAUAUUCCAUCGAUGCUUUUUAAGCUAGGUACUGUGCCCAAACAAGUAAGCCCGCAUUGGACAUUUGAUAUGGUAACUGUUCAAAAACCAAGCCGUUUCUUUCUCCGGAACCAUAGCUAUAACAUUGAGAACGCUGGGAUUUUUUUACACGUUACGCAGGAAGUGAAGUAGAAUUGUUGUCAUUUUCCCUUUAGAAAUAAGCUUGAAAAGGCACACGAUUUGUUUUAGUAGGAGGCAAAUAAGAACAUAUCUGUUUUAAGAAAACCUUGUAAGCACUCUUUAAUUGUAUUUAAAAAAUCUAUAUUCGGAUUUCGAAACCACAGACCGUGAAAAUGUUGAUUAAGGUUAAGACGCUCACCGGCAAAGAAAUCGAGAUUGAUAUUGAGCCCACAGACAAGGUGGAAAGGAUUAAAGAAAGAGUAGAGGAGAAAGAAGGGAUUCCACCUCAGCAACAGAGACUCAUCUACAGUGGGAAACAAAUGAAUGAUGAGAAGACCGCUGCGGACUACAAGAUCCAGGGGGGCUCUGUGCUCCACUUGGUUCUGGCACUAAGGGGCGGGGCCUCAUAAACCCGUGGCACCUAGCUCCGCCCCUUCCCUGCUGGUCAGAGUUUCCACCGUACUUUGGGCCCUGGUGUCUGUCUGUGGUGCCAAAAUCUUCCAUGUGACACCGGUUUCUGAUCGCCAAGCUCACGCGUGUAGAGACGUGCGUAGAGUAUGUUGAAAUUUCCAGAAUGUUUUUUUAAAUUUUAUUUUAUGCUUUAGCCCUUUUGUUCCCUGCUGCCCCCAGCAGGGACAGAAUCAUGGUUCCACAGAUCUUUAUGUCCCUGGGAUAGACAGGGAGAGCAUGGCCCCGUGCGUGGGCUAUAAAGAUCGGUGGACGUUGGUCACGCGUUUCUGAGCACCCGCGAACGCAGCGCCAUUUGGAGACCGUCGAUCGAUUGCUUCAUCAAUAAAAUGUGAGGUGUGCUGUU